UCAGUACCUGAAGCAGGUGCAGAUGGCCCUUGCAGACAAAGGUGCGCUGCUGAAGAUCCUGCCGCUGAUAUCACGUGACAGUGAUGACCUGAUCGCAGAAGUUCUGGCUCUACUGGCCGCCAUGCUGUACGGAGGAAACGAGCAUGUUCAGGAUUGCCUGAUGGACUUCUUUCUCAACAGCAGGGAAGAGAUGCUGUUUUCUGCUUUCAAGUCAAGAAUGGAACUGUCCGCUGUCAUCACAACAGAAAGGCGUCUUCUUGAAGCGCAGCACAAGGCAGAGCUGCAGAAGGCUAUGGAGAUGGAGAAGGCCCUCAGCAGGGCGGUUAUCGACGGGAAAACAGCCAUGGCGGCUGUGAAGCGCCACGGCAGCACAGCGUCCAUGAUGUCCAUCAUGAGCGCUCGGGGACGGGGGAGAGUCAAAACGGGCAGGAAGAGAAUGCAGUCCAGUAAAUCCAGGAAGUCUGCAGCCACCAGCAGCAGACCUGAACAGGGCCGAAGCAGGGCUGCGUGGCCCACUCCGCCCGUGCUGAAAAAUCCUCAACAAGGGACAGAACCAGCCAACGGAGGCAUUGAGCUGAAGUCGGUGAAGCAGACAGCAGAAGCACUGAUGGCCAACCAGAGCAAACUGGGAGAGGCGUCAACCUCGGGCGACGAACCAACUGAAGUGGUCGUGGACAAUGCAGCGACUUCCGAGCACAAUGAUCUGCUAGAAGAGCUUGAGGAGCCCCUGGAUGAUGUUCUGUUUGAGGACGACGGAAACAUCGAGCUGGUCUUACGUGUGCUCGGUAUGAUGUGUGAUGCACAGCACACUGGAUUACAGGACUACAUCCGAGAACAGCCAGACAACAUGAAGUCGUUCAACCUGGUAGCGGAGACCACCCUGUACCUCCAGCUGCACUACUCCAACAUCAACGGCGGCAACAUCAGGCUGGUCACCAGCAUCUUCAACACCCUCUUCAACCUGGCAGUGGGAAACUCCAAGAAUCAGGCCAUCAUUUUUGACACCAAGGCAAUCGACUACAUCAACUUCAUCCUACGAGAAACCAAGUUCAAUGGAGCAGACCAACUUGCUGUUGUACAAUUGAAAACUUCCAUCGGGAACCUGCUGAAGGUUAUCAUUGAAGAGAACACGAACGAUGCAGCACUGGCAAAGGAAAUCAAAGAUCUGCUGGAUGAAGAUGCUGUAAACACAACAUUGGUCGACAGUUUCUUGGAACGGAAGAAAACAAUGGAUGAAACUCUGAAGAAAAGUUGGCAGCACCUCGGCUUUACUUUCUUCCACAUCAUCAAGCGGUUCCUGGACCUCGACAGCACACUCAACCCAAAAGAUUUUCAGAAGACAGAGGAUGCAAAGCAGGCAUGGGCGUUUUUCGAGGGCAACACGCUGUCUGUAGAAGUUAUCAAGGACAACGAGAUACAGAAGGUGCACUUCAGGAUUCGGAAGAAGGAUCUUCUGCGUAACGAGGUGAAGGAGAAGCUGAAGUGGAGCGUGGAUCGUUCGUCGCCUAGCAACAAGAUCCGCGACUUCAUUGAUUGGUCCAAGGACAUCCGCAGGGACAUUAACUACCAGGCCUGGGUCCGGUCCCACAAGCUGGCGGCGUUCUUCAUCGCACAUGAAGUGUUCUGGAACCGCGCCAUCAUUUUCCUGACCCUGGUCAUCAACAUCUUCAUGUUGUCCACGUGGAACGCACCAUGUCCUCAGCACUAUGGGACCAGAGCGAACGCCACGUGUGCGAGCCCGGAGCCGAAGACGCCCCACGGGAUCCUGUGGAGCGCGGACAACGGGCCUUACGAGGUGACGAUCUACGUGCUGGGCGGGAUCCACAACAUCCUGUCCUUCUGCCUCAUGAUCAGCUUCUUCCUGUCCAACAGGCUCAGGCUUCCGGACUGGAACAACACCAAGGCAUGGUUCAGCAAAAACUUUCUGGGCAUAGAGAUCCUGAAUGCACAGAAGCAGAGGGUCUCCAAGCUCGAGAUACAAGUGUUCAGUCUGAAGACUCUGUACUAUGUGGCGUACCUGAUAUUCUCCAUCCUGGGGACUGUGUUCUACGGUUACUUCUUCUGCUUCCACCUGAUCCACAUCGCCGUGAAGAACCAGCUACUCAUCAGGGUCAUCUCAUCCGUCACACUUAACGGGAGGUCGCUGUUGUGGGUAUGCGUCCUGGCCAUCAUCUUCAUCUACAUCUACGCAGUGAUCGGGUUUGCCUUCUUCAGGGGCCACUUUAACGAAGAGAAAGGCCAGUUCUGCGAGUCACUGGGGCAGUGCUUCGUCUCCACCAUGCGGUAUGGCCUCAUGGAAAACCUCCAUAAACCCCUCAUCCCGCCAUCUUGGGUUACUUUCGAGGACUAUGCCAUCAAACUACUUUGGGACCUGACAUUCUGGGUCAUAGUCACCACGAUCGGCCUCCGCAUUGUCUUUGGCAUGAUCGUGGACGCCUUUGUGGCCCUUAGGAACAAGAAGUGGCAAGCUGACUUUGACAUGGCAAACAUCUGUUUCAUCUGUGGAAGGACCAACUACGACUUCGAGCGAUUUGGAAAGGGGUUCCGCCGGCAUGUGAAGAACGAACACAACAUGUGGUCCUACCUGUUCUUCUUCAUCCACCUGGACGAAACCAACGAGACCCAGUACACCGCCAUCGAGUUCCACGUCGCUAAACUGAUGAAAAACGAAGCGUACGAGUUUUUCCCUGUGAACCGUGCCUUGAGCCUGGACAACAAAAAGGACGCUUACGACUCCAAACUGGACAACCUGGUCCUACAGGUGGAUCAGCUAGUCAAGAGGCAGAAGGAGGAGGAUGCGCAGAAGCGUCGUCAGGAGGAGAAGAUGAAGCAGCGGGAGUGGGAGGAGAAGCACCGGGCGGACUCAGCUCACACCCCGGCACUCACCAUCAAGUCCGGCUCACCCGGGGAGGACACUGAUCUCUAG